AUGAUAAUCCAGAACGAGGGUCAGAUUUUUCAACGUCAUCCACUUGAGCACAGCUGGUCUGUAGUAGAGGAGCAAAUGGAAUCGGCUGGUCAUCGUCAUGAGGUUGAUAUCUCACCGCAUUCGUUCGAUCACACUAUCAACACUCUGAGUGCUUCAAGAUUGCCUGGUUUAGAUGUUUCUGGCAUCGAUAGCGAACAUAUAGAGGGUUGCGUCGAAGGUCAUACUGGCAUGUCCAGUCAUAAUUCACUCGAGUCCAUCACUAAUAGUCUAUACAAUAUCCAAAACGGUCGCGCAUCUUCACCGCUAGGACAUUCUCCAAUCCCAAUGAAUCAAUUGGAAAAUAUUGGAUCGUUUGGUCAGCACUCACCUGUAUCUGGCUCUAUCAAUGAUGAUUUAGAAUACAGCAAGAAACAGUUGCAGUCAUAUCAAAGUCAGAGUCCAAACUCGCAAACGCUAACUCCUCGCACUUCUACUCCUGUAUCUUCUGGCAAGCGUCGUUUUCCUUGCAGGGAUCCAACCUGUGAUCAAACGUUUUCCACUAGUGGCCAUCUCUCUCGUCACAUGAAACUGCAUACGGGAGAGCUACCUCAUGUGUGCCCGAUUCUAUAUUGUGAAUCCAUGUUUUCACGUAGAGAUAACAUGAUGCAGCACUAUGUCUCUCAUCAGCGUAAAUUGCUUGCUCGCAACGAGACAGUUCACCACAAAUCGGAUUCUGCUCCAAAACUUACUGUCAGCUUUGAAGCAAAAUGUAAAUCAAUAACCAAGACUCGAGGCACUCGCAAGAGAAAGCCUGAUCCUCUAAUACCCCUGCAGAUUCCAUCUUCUAACGAUGCAUUAAACUCUGCACUGGUUUCGAGUUCUUUAAGUAGUCAUCAAACUUUGUCGGCUUCGCCUAUCAAUGCUAAUAGCAUAGAUAGCGCAUCUCUUGCUAAUAUGAAACAACAUCUAGAUAUGCCAUUCAAGAUUCUGCCAAAGCCUCGUCGUUCGCGUGGAUCUCGCUUGCGUCAAAAAAGUGCUUCGUUUGUUCCAGAUGCAAACUUGCUUACUCGACCAUCCCUGUCUACUCCACUCACUGCUAUUCCUCGCAUAAAUGGUCAUGAUAAUCCUCUAAACUAUGAUAUCUCGUACACUUAUCAACUCCAUAACGAUCACCAGAUCAACAGCCCACUUUCUAUUGAUCGUCCUUAUGGAAACAAUGAGUUUUUUGCGCGAACUAUUGCUCGUCCCAACACUGUAGAUCCCUUGGAAAUAUCCCAUUAUAUGUCAUUGACGGGUCAUCAUGAUCCCAGUCAUCAAGUUUUAUCUCCAAUGAUGUCUAGUUCAUCGGCAGAUGUAAAUGCUAUAGGAAAUCUUGGCAGAUCGUCAUCAUCCACUGGUUAUAUGACACGCAACUCCAUUCAUCUGCCUAUUCCAACCUAUGGUCAAAAUCACUAUCUUUCACAAGAACGACCUGCUAAUAUAUCAUACGCCACAGAUUUUACUGGAAUGCUGUCUACACCUCAAUCUUUGAUCCAUUCUAUUCAUCCUGAUUUAGAUUCUCAAACCCCUCCUCGUUCACUUAACGCCCAUGACCUUUCCACACAAAACAGCGUGCCCCUCAUGAUAAAUCAUGUUGAAACUCCACUAUCUGUAUGCAGCGCCAACAAUUCUAGCACACCUCCCAAUCUUGCAUUUUUGCAUCGCAGUUCUGCUCACAUGGGUACGGCUCAAAGCUACUGCUCAUCCCCUGCAAUCGAUUCAACCUUGUUCAUUCCCCAAUCGCUGAUUCCCAAUCUGGAAACAAAUGGACGCAAUGAAUUUGAAGAAUCUCAGCUGCGACUUCCGCAUAUUUUACAGCAACAGCAGUCACAGCAAUCAUACUAUCAGCCACAGCACCAUUAUGGCAACUAUGAAUUGCAGAAUCGAUCAGUCCAAUCAGAUUUUGGCGUACAUGCUACUCCAGCUCACGGUGAUUUUACUUCUGCAUAUACUUCAGGCCAUGAACGGCAAGAUUCGUUUCAUUCGUUUGACUCGAUGCAUCAACCGCAAAAUCAUAUAGGAAUUGCAGUUACAACUUGUACUGGCGCACAAUUUGGAUCUGCUGAUGUAACACCAAUGGCAAACUGGUUAAUGUAUCAACAGACAAGUCCAAUGCUAACCCUUAAUGAGCAGCAGCAUGCAGACAUGAACGCUCAGCACCAGCCUCAUGGUGUAUCUACCUUUUCCCCUUUUAUGACAACCGAAGGUCAAUUGUUGCCCAAUCGGAUGAGCUCUGGAAUAGACCAUGACCUUUCUACAACGUCACUGAUCUCUCAGAACUAA